CUUUCAAACACACACAGAGUGAGGCCGCAUGGAGAGCUGAAUAUUUUGCUGGUGGGCAGUGCAGAUCCCAGACACAUCCUGAAGACCAUCACUGGACUGACAGACAGUGAUACACUACAUGUUUGGGUGAUUGAGAACAGCAUGGAGGUGGUUGCCAGACAGCUAUUACUACUUUAUUUAUCACUCCUGACCCCUGAGAACAUGAGUCUACACAUGAACACGCACGCACACGCCCACGCCACACGUGUGACAUUUGGAAACUCUGAGAUGAGGUGUUCCUGCAAAGAGACGGAAGAGACUUUAAAACACGCCGCGGCUCAACUCUCUCUGUCCAUCACAAACACUCUGUCCUCCGACUCGCACACUCAUCCUUGCCUUGAUACAAGUCUUCUGAAGUUUAAGGAGAGAGAUGAGUUGGUCCGGAUCUUUAAACAGUGGGAACGACCGCCAUCAGUGCCAGCGAGUGUACGUAAGGUCUGGGACGCCCGUGUUCGGCAGCACCUGGGGACUCGCUACGACUCACGACAGGGCUGUUUCGACUGGGAUCUCACUAUGAAACUGCACCAAAGCAGUUGUGGCGUCAUUAGCAAACAUCAGUAUGUGAAAUGGAGGGAAAGCGGUGUGGCGUUUGAGAUGAGGGAGGGGCUCUACCAAACAGCCAAUCAGAGUCUGCUCUCCACACGAGUGUUUAGUCAUAGAGGAGAUCGUGUUGCUGUUAGAGGAUAUUGGGGUGACAUCGUCUCCAGUCCAUACCUGUCCUUCGGGAUAGAGACAGAGAACAAAGACCUGCUGAAGAAACAUAACAAUCAACAUGUGAAGACGGCUCAGGAUAUUUCAGAAGUGAACAUCCUGGCGUUGUUUGAAUGUCUUUCCACUAGAGGGAGCUCUUUACUGAACAAAGAUGAACCAAAGCCAUCACGGUCCUGUUGUCAAUCCACAGACAAUUUCAUAACAGAUGAAAAAAUACAGAAUGAUUCACCUGCUUCUCAAACUCACACUGAACCUGAGCAACAUCCAGCAGAACAACAGACACACAAGCUUGAUUUGAUGAACUUGAGUGGAGUUAAAGUGUCAUUUCUGUCUCCAGACUCCCUCAACAAACUUCCUCUCAAAAGUAAAUACAGGAACUUGUUUAACACCAUCUUCUGUUCAGCCAGUAUGGUUCAUCAGCUGGAUUCUUCUCUGAGAGAGAUUGCAGCACCUGAUGCUGCUCUGGUAGUAGAGUUAGCAAAAUACCUGCUGGACCUUUCAAAAGAGCAAGUGUCAGGUUUUGCUGACAGAGUGAAGGAGAUCGCUGAAGAAUCAGGAUUCACAGCAACGCACAACCAGAGCAGUGACAUAUAUGCAGUAUUCACACGGAAAAAAGACUAAAGGAGUCCAUCAUUUUCAGAUUCACACUUUACUCUGCACUAUAUUAGCCAUAUGUAUUUGACGAAUUGCAAAAAUCAUUUCAGUUUUGAAAACUUAAUGGGAGAUUUGAAACAAAUGCUAAUACAUUAUAAUAACUUUAACAAACUUUAUUAACAAGCAUUUAAUUAUGAUCAUAUAUAAAAGCAUGAAAAAUGAUAUACAAUAAGUUCUAACUUGAAUGUACAUGAACAAAUAAAUUUAAGCAAUGUAUAAAAAGUGCAUUCUAUAAAUGUUUAAUAAAAGUGCUGAAUAAAGAGCUGCCUAAAUUAGCUUAUUUACACAAACAGAUAGACAUGUUGUAGGUAACAUUAACAGAACUAACUUUACAAAAAUUACUAAAAUAAAACAAAAACAGUUGAUCAAAUUAAUGCCUUCAACCCUGAGAGAACAUUUGGUCUUCCUGUUAAUCCACCAAGAUGAGCAAACACGAACAAAGAGUAACCAAAGAGUUGCCUUUGACCAUGGUAUUUUGUUUCUAUACUAUGGAAGUCAAUGUCUACCAGUCACUCUUUGGUUACCAACAUUUUUCAAAAUAUCCUAUACAAGAU